AUGGCGACUUCCAUAGUACUAGUGACCGGAUGUUCAAAAGGUGGCAUCGGUUUCGCUUUUUGUGAAGAAUUCGCCAACAAGAAUUGUAAAGUCUACGCUACUGCUCGCGCCCUCUCCAAACUUGAGGGAUUACCUGAAAACAAUAUCGAAAAGCUAGAGUUGGACGUCACCAGUGAUUCUGCCGUGCAAGAUGUAGUCCAGAAGAUCUUGGAGAAAGAAGGGAAGAUAGAUGUGUUGGUUAACAAUGCAGGGAUGAUUGCUGCUGGUGCCCUUAUGGACCAAACAUCUCAACAAGUGCUAGAGGCGUUUGACACGAAUACGUUCUCGGUCCUUCGUUUAGCGAGAGCGGUCAUUCCGUCCAUGGCAGCACGAAAGAGUGGGAUCAUUGUCAACAUCAGUUCUGUCGUCGAAGACGUAUCCACGCCAUGGAACGGCCUGUACUGCGCCACAAAAGCAGCAGUGCGCGCGAUAUCGGAGAUUAUUUCGAUGGAGUGUGGACCUUUUAACAUCCAAGUGGUUAAUGUGGCGCCUGCUGCUGUUACGUCGAUGAUCUCCGAGAACCAGUUGACGAAAUUCACAGUGCCAGAAGGAUCGUUGUUCUCGGCCUAUUUGCCGGGUAUGAUAAAGAGGAUCAACGCUAGUCAGGGACCCAAGUCGAUGGAAACACGUGAGUUUGCGAGAAGAGUGGUGAGACGGGUGCUUUCUAGGAGGCCACCGUUGCAUUUGAUGGAGGGAGGGCAGAACAAGUGGCUUUUCAAGAUUCUGGCGUGGUUGCCAAGGAAAUGGGUGCUUUGGUUGAUGUGGAGGACGUAUAACAAGACGGAGUGA